AUGCCUUCUAUUGAUCUAGACGAAUCAGCCAUGGAGAAUGGUAUGAAUGAAGAUCAUUAUAAUAACUGGCCCAACGACAAAGGUUUCGAUCCUGAAUACGAGCAACGUAGGCCCGUCGAGCUCUCUGUGACAGGACAUAUUCCUGCCUACGCUGCUGGAGUUUUGUACCGUACAGGUCCAGGAAAGAGCCAAGUUGAAGCUGAAAAUGGAGAAACACUACGGCUCUCCCACUGGUUCGAUGGAUUCGGUCAAACCCAUCGUUUCCAGAUCUGUGCUCCCGAUGAUCCCAAUACUUCACCUCGGAUUUUCUACAACUCUCGCUUCUCAACCGACGACCUGAUCGAAGAAGCAAGAAAGACAGGAUCACUCGACAUGGUUGGUUUCGGACAGAAACGCGACCCUUGCAAGAGUGUCUUGGGCAAAGUUCAGACUGAAUAUGUCCCGCAACCCACUCCAUCGAGUAGCAACAUAUCCGUCACCCUUUCGAUCAACGUCCCAGGCCUCGAUCCCAAGCCCGAACAGUCGACCUCACGCUGGAGUGAUUCUACAGGAGUCCGAACUCUCUACGCGAAGACCGACUACAACGCCUUCAAGAAGCUUGACCCGGAAACCCUGGAGCCCAUCGGCCUAGCCACGCAAACCAAUCUGCACCCUGAACUUUCGGGCCAACUCUCUGCAUCUCAUGCUCGAUCUGAUCCUAUCACGGGAGACAUGUUCAAUUAUAAUCUCACCCUCGGACCAACCUGUACAUACCGCGUCUUCAGGGUCUCGGCUUCAACGGGGGAGACCACAAUCCUAGCAACCUUCCCCGCAACACCAGCUUAUAUUCACUCCCUCCUCAUCACUGAGGACCAUGUCGUGCUAUGUGUGUGGAACGCGCACGUAAACCCACAGCUGCUUGGCUCCUCGUUCAUAGAUUCAAUCUUGCCAACAGACCUAAGUCAGCCAGCAGGGUGGUAUGUCAUUGACCGUAAGCACGGGAAGGGAUUGAUCGCCAGAUACGAAAGCCCUGCAUUCUUCUGCUUCCACACGGUCAAUGCUUGGCUCGAACCCUCGAAGGAGAAUCCUGCAGAGAUGGAUAUUGUUACAGAUGUUGUGAGAGCCGAUAGCUCGGAAUUUGUGCAAUCCCUCUAUUACGAGAACUUGAUCUCUUCGUUGGAUACAGCCAAGGCAUUCCAGCAGAAGAGAGAUAAUUCUUUCCGUACAUCCUUUACCCGGUUCCGUCUGCCUGCAGUGCCUUCCACUGCAUGCACCGAUCCCAAGAAAGCAACAGUCGAAUGGUCCGUUUGCAAAUCGCUGUCGCCUGAGCUGCCGACUUUGAAUUCGAAAAUAGUCACUCAGAAACACCGAUAUGUCUACGCUGUGACCUUCCGUGGAGAGGCAACUCUGACAGAUGGUAUCAUGAAGCUUGAUUGUGAUACUCAGCAAGUUCAGCUCUGGGCAUGUCACGGCCAAUCGCCUGGUGAGCCCAUUUUCGUCGCUAAUCCCGAGGGCACUAGUGAAGAUGAUGGCGUACUUCUUAGCGUUGUUCUUGACGGGAUGCAUGGUAAGAGUUAUUUGCUCUGCCUCGAUGCUCGUAACUUGUCAGAGCUUGGCCGAGCAAAUGUCGAUGGAGCGAUUGGGUUUGGAUUCCAUGGACAGCAUGUUCCGACUCUAGGUGGAAUGCCUACGGGUGACUACUAA